AUGGUUCAAUCCAAAAAGUUCAGAGGUGUCAGGCAGCGUCAUUGGGGUUCUUGGGUUUCUGAAAUUCGUCAUCCACUUUUGAAGAGAAGGGUGUGGCUGGGAACAUUUGAGACAGCCGAGGAAGCAGCAAGAGCAUAUGAUCAAGCUGCGAUUUUAAUGAGUGGUCGAAAUGCGAAAACGAAUUUCCCGAUAACACAAACUCCGGAAGGUGAUCCGAAGAGCAGUGUAACUACUGAUAAGGACAAGCAUUCGAGUUCUUCGAAGGAUCUAGAAGAAAUCUUGCAUGCCAAGCUUCGGAAAUGUGGGAAGUUACCAUCUCCUUCCAUGACUUGUUUGAGGUUAGACACAGAAAACUCUCACAUUGGUGUGUGGCAAAAACGUGCUGGGAAAUGUUCUGAUUCGAAUUGGGUUAUGACUGUUCAACUUGGAAAAAAUAAGAAUGUGAUUGAAGAUAAUGGUAGCACUAGCACUAGUAUUAAUAGUAGUGUUGUGCAUUCGUCGAUGGUGGCGACCGGAGACGAAAUCAUGCAAGGAGAGAUUGAUGAAGAGGAUAGAAUUGCACUUCAAAUGAUAGAGGAACUUCUGAAUGAUAAGAAUUGUCCUAGCUCUUCAAUUAACAAUGCUAAACAAGGGAGUGAUAUUCAUAACAGCUUUUUUAUUUAA